UCUGCCGCUGGUGCGCGUGAAAGUGUAGCGAGUGAAAGCGAUUCGCUGGACGCCGCCUGGUGCGCGCUGCUCCCCUUGGAAGUGCCACACGCCGGCUGCUAACCUCCCACCGCACGCGUGCCACUGCUAUACUUGUGUGCCGGUGGGCCGCAGCAGGACGGAUUUCGCGACACUCCGAAGAGCAUGAAGUUGGAACUUCUCAACGAGGCUGGUGACCGGGCAUACCUGGGCGGUCGACCUCAGCCCAGCCGGCACCCGUCGCACCACCACCACGCACACCACCUGGUGGGCCACCACCACCCGGCCUCCGUGGCCCACUCGCACCACCACCAGGCGUCGGUGGCGGCGCACCACCAGGGAGGACAGGCCAGCUGUUCCUCCAGCGGGGCCUCGGGCUCUAGCAGCGUGCACAGCGCCGCGUACCGGCCACAGGCGCCCCUGGUCAAAGGCCCCAUACCGGGCAGUGCGGCCAGUGCGGCCAGGGCGCGAAGGAGAAGGAUGAAGUGCCUCAUCUCACUAGGACUUAUACUGCCCGCGCUGGCUGGAGUCAUCGGGGUUGUAGCGUGGGCAGUGAGUGCCGAGACAGUCAUGGCGUCCGCCCUCGAGAAGACAGAGUCGCCCAUACGAAUUCAGGUGAGCAACGAUCGGUCGUCGUACGACGACCGCCUCGACGAGCCUCCAUCGUACUCGAAGCCGUCCCAGGUGAUCCCUCCUCCGCCAUCGCCACCUGGUGACAGCGGCGAGUCGUCGGCAGCAGCAGACUACGCGUCCAACUCGCUGCCCGUGUUGCCGGCGCAGCCCAAGCCGGGCGCGAUCGUCGAAGCCACCACGGUGGGCACCGACGGCGACAAGCCCGUGUACGUGGUCCACUUUGUGCUGGGGGACAAGGACGCCAAAGGUCGAGACAAGGUCACCACCACCACCCACAGCUUGCCAGCUUCGAGUGCGGCCCCCAGCACCCGCAGCACGCCGCCGAGUACCACAAAGCGGCGAACUACGGCGAGCACUACGACGACCACGACGUCGACGACGACGAGCACGACGUCGACGACGACGCGGCGACCGCGGUCGACGACCACGGUGCACGUGCCGAGUGAGCCACCUCCGGCGACGUCGACUCUGAACCCGCACUCUCCGGAGUUCGCCGACAUGCUCAACCACAUCCUGAACGCCUCGAGAAACGGAUUCGGCCGGUCGCCCCAGUUCGUCGUGUUCGCGCCCAUGCCCACAGACCACAAUAAGCAGCACCUGGAACACCUGUCCAAGGCGACCCGCUAUCACCCGGUGGGCGUACCAGUGAGCCAGGAGGUGAUUUCAACACCGAUUCAGCAUCCUCACCUGCAGCAACACCCGCCACCGCCGGUGCCUCUGCGAGUGCCGAUUCGGCCGCGGGACGAGUACCACCCUCUGGCGUCGCACCACCACCAGCACGAGGCGGCGUUGCCACCCAGGCAACAGUACCUGCUGCCGGCGCCGCAGGUGCUCAGCCGGAGGAACGGAAGCAACCCGAACCCCUUCCAGCCACCCCCUCCACCGCCGGGCUUCCAGUCGAAUGCGGCUCCGCCUCCCCCCGAGCCAGAGCCCCUGGCGCCGGGUUUCCAGUCCGUGGGCGGCUACAGCGCAUCGCAGAACCACGACAUGUACGCGGCUGCUGCGGCUCAGUCCCAGUCUCCAUACAACCCGCCUCCUCCACCACCACCACCACCGCAAGUGUCCCAUCACCACUCGCGCUAUGGUUCGCCUUCGCGAUACAACGACGCCGUCGACUCCCAGAGGGGACUGCUGCACCCUGCAUCAGAGUCGGCAUUCCCAAACAAGGACCGGAGUGGAUUUGAGAUUCACGCGGGCGACUCUUAUGCAAGCCAUGGCAGCGGCAGCAGCGGCCAUGGAGGCCACGGCAAAGGCAUCACGUUCACCAUCGGCGGUGGAGAUCACGGAGGAGGCCAUCACGACUACGGCGUCAGUCCCAUGGGCGUCAUCAAGAACCUAUUCCUGCCGUUCCUGCCUAAGCCAAAGGUGAACCUCAAUGGGCGGGUCGUGUUCGGCGUUGUGCUCGAGAAGGGCGUGGGCCUGGGUCACAACCAGCACGGACAGCAGCACCACCAUGCAGUCGCCUACCAUCACUGAGUCAACGACAAACCCCUUCCACUCUCACCCGCGCCCACUGCGCGACAACUGAACACAGCGACGGCACGCGGCGAGACUGUUCCGUAGGGCAAACUUUUCUGCUUGACUCGUCAAAGGAAAAGCUUCCGACUCAACACCCGAACCAGUGUGGACUGGGCUUUCCCUAAAAGGGACCCAGUACAUUGGUGAAAACCAAGAAAUUCUGCCGUUGCGUGAUGUUGUGCAUAACUCUAAAUUCCCUUAUCAGACACGAGUUAUGUAGCACGUCAGGGCUGCUAUAUUCUGGUCAUGUUGUUAAAUUCGCCACCUCGUCAACUGUUAUGCCAACCUGUCAACUUUUAAGCCGACUAGAGAAGCUGCCACCGCCUCUGGUUGGGUUAAAAUGCUGUCGUCGCGGAAUUUUACGACAUGGCGGAGUUUGGCAUUGUCCAGAAAAGCACGCAAGGUCGACUGGAGGUUUCUACUUGAUACUGUUGAUAGCCCUUUCAUGGGCACGAUUUUUAAACCUUACUUAAUUACGUCUGAUGACAAAGUCGGGCAAGAACCUGCUAUUGUGUAAAUAAUAUAUUAAAAUAUCACAUACAAGCGCUGUUUCACUGCCGCUAUUGCCAGAGCUCAGUGUUCCGGAGUUAUAUAAAGCGGCAUUCUCGGUUAUGACUCAAAAGGUCUGGAAAAAAAUUUACUUACGUCAAGAUCGCCUUAACUGUUGAACUCAUAUCCAAUGGAGAAAGACGACCGUACGGAAUUUAGGAAAACAACCUGGUGAAUCUUAGCCUGUACCAUAUAGGAAAAUAUACACAGUUGUAGUAUCUAAUAGCAAAAUUACAGAUAGUCGAGAAGUGCCUUGCUCUAACGGCACGUCCAGCCCAGCACCGUUCUUCCCGUCAAAACGGGCUCGCUGUCCGCUGCCCUUUUUUUUUUCUGAAGACCGCAGUCCAGCUGUGUCUCUAGUGGGUCCGGGUGAAUCACGAAGCACCAGGGUGAUGUCCUGCUCUUACAAUAGUGCAGGUUGAGACGCCACAACUCUCCUCUUGAACAUAUAGCCGAGAAUUGACAUCACGGGCGAGCCGCGAUCACUCUUUUUUAACCCGGAAACAAUCCGUCGCGACUUACGUCAUCACAAGCCGCGCGUAACUCUCAAGGUGUUUGUUUGUUCAUCCUCUGUUCACUCAAAUAACUCACCACACGGGUGUACAGGUUCGAAAAGCCACGCCUUAACUCCUUGAUAAACGCGUGCUCGCCCGAGUUGGGGAAAGUGGCAGUACUAAAUGAACACUCAUCAAUCAUGCAUCCGUCAUCAUCACUUCAUUGACAGGGUAGGAUAAAGGCGUGAGAUAAGCAGGAGGAGUUGGAAAAAGUAUAGCUGUGAAUGCUCGAAGCAAACUAAAAAAAAUGCCCGUUACCACAAAGCGUGCACAUUUGAUUAUCGUUCAUUACGAGUAAAGCAGCUGCCGCAACAGAAGAAUAGAACAAGUGACCGAUGACCGCAAAGGCAAAACGACCACGUAGUCCAGGUGGGUAAAAUAACAAUGUGGACGACCGAAGGAGCAAAAUGACGGCACUCUUGUUCCCGAACAUGCUAAUAAUGAGGCCUAGCCUAAAUAUAGGCGGUUAAAUUGUGUAAAUAUAACACAUGAUUGGAAGCGGGGUCGGUUGGCAGAAAGUGACCUAUCCUGGAGCCAGCAUUCCAAACAAUACACACGCUCUGCACCGGUAUUGGGUCAGUUGUGCUAAUGUUUCUUUUCGCUGCUGCUGUACUGCCACGGGAGGCAAGAUAGCUUUACUGUGUGUUUAAAUCGACAGCUUCAUCACAUAUCGUUAGACGCACGAAGCCCCAGACUUAAAAGCGGUGAUCGCAUUGCUGUUCAGUUAUCUUGUUGCGAGCUUUCUUGUGCAAUGAGUAGCCGCUGUCAUUCCAAUCAGUUCGCGUUAAUAAUUACACCGAUGAAGUAAACUGGCCAACACUGGGAGAAAGGGUUCCCGAUAAAAUACACAAAUCGCGUUUGUAACUGCACUUCAGCGAGUUUUAAUGGGCCACGAGGAGUAGCUCGCAAUGUAUAAUUGAAUUCCGAUACGUCACAACGUAAUAACGAACAAGAAACGUGCUUUAGUAUUGGCUCAUUACAGAUGGUAAUAGCAUCUGCAGCGUCAUGUCAUCACAUGUAACAUUUCAUUUCCUUUCUGUUUCUGAAGGAACAUAGUCGAUGUAAAAAUUUUCAUGAUGCUCUUUUAAGUGACAACAACGCAACGGUAAUGCAGCAGAAGGGCGCGAUUGUUGCAACGCUUUUUUCCCCUUUAUUGUAAGUUGCAAAGGGUCAGUACCUACUUUGUUAGCCUGUAAUGUAGCAUUAGUGCUUUUCAGGUUGUGCGGCUAACGAGUCUAUUUACGUUUACGUGUGCGCAGCAGUCGGCCUCCCUCGUUGUUGAGGUUUUCGGUGAACAAAAACAAUCUAGUGCUUUUCUCUCGUCGUGCCCUCCAUUUCCAGGUUGCAUCACCGCUGCGUUGUUGGUUUUUUUUCACCGAAAACCGUACCGAGCGUAAUGAUGGAGGCCGCUGCUGCUGGUUCUGCGUCAGUGAGCGAGAGAUUAUGAGAAAAAGUGCUUUUUUUUUUUUGUCGUACACGAGAUGAAAUCACGUAAAGUGAAAUGAAAAUAAAACAAAUCAUGCGAGUGAAAUGAGUCCUGCGGAAUACCGCAAGGUGACGCUAGGGUCAAAGAGGAAAUUCACAAUUAACCACACGUUCGUAGUACGAAGCCAAAGGGACAUUCGUACGGAUUUUUUUAGAAAAACUUCUUAGCUGCCGAAAAAUUCGCCGUAGUCAGGGGAUCGAACCUAAGACCAUGACGAAUUGUUCGGUAAUUAAGAAUCUUAAUUUUUGCGAAACCCGGCCCUUGUGGCUUCGCACUAGGAACAGACAGUGGUCGAUUUCCCCAUUUUCGAAAAAUUAUCGGAGAUGUUGAUAAGGAAAAACCUUACGGAAUCGGGCUCCAAUGUGAAAUUCACGGGUAAAGAAUACUUGGACAUAAGAAUGUAGUGCCAUGUUGGCUAGAGAAGUUCGUUCUAGCUGUGAAAGAUGCGGCAAAACCACUUUGGAUUCAUUUGACGGGUAAUCGAUGGCGGAUAUGAUCCGUGGUCUACCUUUUUCAAAGUUCGCAAAAAGACAGCCCUUUCCCCGUCCACCAAAUUUCAAAGCUAGCCACGUUGCGAGUUUGUGUUUAGGUUCGGUCACGUUGAUGUUUGCCUGUAACGGCUUCACAACUACUGGUUGACCACCGCUGAUGUACUUUCUCAACGUGCUCGUUGAUGAGAUUUCCCACAAAGCUAGACAGUUCUAAAGUUUUUCACAGACUGGAAGUUAGCUUUCAAUUUUGUGUACUAAUCUGUCGCUCGCUUGAACUUUCGCGUCAUUCGGUUGAGCGUGCUCGGAUAGCAACAAAACAAGGUUUGAUCGCGCUGUUGGCAUAAAACGACCCCAUAGUCAGCUGACGAGCUUUUCACACGCGUGUUCGUCUGAGGUUUUUGGCAUUUCUGGGCAUGUACAUGUGUAUAAUACAAAACAUGUUUCGUUAUCUCCACUUAUCACUUUCUUUCUGGAGCCGCAACUCGUAGAUAUAUAUAGAGAAUUAUAUCUUCACUUUUUUUUUGUUUUACGAAGCUAUUGACAUUGCGUUGAUUGACCGAAAAUGUCUUCGUUAUAUUUCUAAUAUUUCCUGGAAAGCUAUUUUAAUUACAUAUACAAUAAUCAUAGAAAAUAAACAUCAGCGAGGCGGCAUAGUGGACUGCAACCCAGAUUAUCAGACGCUUCCUUCAAGCCCCGGCUUGGAUUAUGUAGAGUUGUGCUAGGUUCUUUUUAUAAAUGACGACAAUUUGCCUUUGAUUAACAGUGCUUCCUGAUAGCAUAGGUGUUGUAAAGCUUGUUUCGCGUUUCUCUUUAAUGUUCCCGGGACCUUUUCUCCCCCUCGAACAUAUCUUUGUUUAAUUAUUAACGAAGCUGAACCACAGUGGCUUCUGUACGAGAUGUUUCCGGCAUUUUGUAAACAAAAAUUACUUUUUAUCUGGCCACGUGUGUCGCCGGAGUGUACAGUAUAGUGAUGCACUGGUCGUGUUUGUGUGCAAGGUUUCUUUGUUUGCAUUCCAUCUUGUUCUUUUGUUUUUUUUUAUUCUUUACCUGUGUUCUAAGCGGAUGAUGCUACUGUAUAUUUCACGCGUGCUCUCAAUAAAAGAAAAUAUACUACUUA